AUGAGCAUCAAGCUGGACCCCGAUGACACAUCCAGGUUCGACAACCUGGAGGUCCUCACAACGACAUACAAGACCGUCUCAGGCCAUGAAAUCACAACCAACGUCCUCAUCCCCAAGCAGCUCCUCUCAAAGCCCUCUACAACUCCAGCUCCGAUCAUCCUCCGCUACCAUGGUGGUGGCUUUAUCGCCGCCUCCAGCAUGUUCCCAGCCUUCUUCCAACCAUGGCACUUCCAACUUGCUGAGCGCCAUUCCGCGGUAAUCGUCAGUCCCAACUACCGCCUCUGUCCGGAAGCCACUAUGGAGGAGCUCAUGUCUGAUAUCGAGGACCACUUCACCUGGGUACAAACCAAGCUCGCAUCUUUCGUGCAAGAGAAGACCGGAGGCAAGGUGGCUGUCGACAUUAGCCGUAUUCUCACGGCUGGCGACAGCGCCGGCGGAUACAUGAGUCUGAUGGCCGGCCUGCUCCACCCGGACAAGAUCCGCGCCUGCACGGCCGCAUACCCCGGCAUUGACCUUAAGGACCCGCAUUUCUUGGAGGGGUCGAAGGGACCUACCCUCGGCGUUGGGCCGUUGCCGUACAGCAUUGUGGAGGAUCAUAUGAAGAAGAUUCGCGAGGGCACGAUUCCCGCCAUCAUCUCCGAUGACUCGAGAUUUGAGAGGGGCGGGUUGAUGUUCGGACUGACGCACCACGGUUUGACGAAGCACUUGUUGGACAUCGAGAAGAGACAACUCUUUCCGUUUGACAAGAUUGAUGAUGGAGCGAGAUUUCCCCGCGGUGGAGUCUUCGUAUGGCACGGUCAGGACGAUACGGUCGUGCCAGCGACGGGAAGCAUCAGUUUGAAAGAGAAGCUUGAGAAGUUGGACCCUGAGUUGGAGUUUCACUUGACUUUGAGGCCUGGUGAACAUGGUUUCGAUCACGAGUCGAAGAUCGAGGAGCCGUGGAUGGCGGAAGGCCUGAGCAAAGUUGUCAAGUCGUGGUUGCAGUAA